CAAAACACCUUGGUAAUAUUUUGAAGCCAUAAUAUACACAAGUAUUAGUAACUUCUGAAAUUUUGAUGUAACUCAAAUUUAAUUCAAAACAGUGAAAAAUCCAAUAAACUUCACACAUACUCGAAACUCAUAGUCUAUAAAAACCAAAUAAUAGUCUCGUCCAAGUUUAUUACAAAAGUGACUGUGAAUCAAAAGUGAUGUAAAAUUACGAUGGAUCUGAGCACGUUUUUAGUAACAGUUGUAACACUAUUCGUAGCAGGAUAUUUAUAUGUGAAGAAAAAGUUCCAAUAUUGGGAAGAAAGGGGAGUGCCUUAUGUGAAACCUGAAUUUCCAUAUGGAAAUCUUAAAGGAAUAGGAACUACGACGCCUGCAAAUGAAAUGUUUCCAAAAAUUUACAAACAAUUCAAAGGAAAAGUUCUUUUCGGAGGAAUGUACUUUUUUACUCAACCUGUUGUUAUAGCCGUGGACUUAGAAUUUAUAAGAAACAUCUUCAUUAGGGAUUUUCAGUAUUUUACUGACAGAGCACUGUAUAUGAACGAAAAAGAUGAUCCCUUGUCUGGAAACAUAUUUGCUUUACCUGGACAACGUUGGAAAAAUUUGAGGAUUAAAUUUAGUCCAACAUUUUCAUCUGGAAAAAUUAAAAUGAUGCAAGAAACAAUAAAUGCCGUGGCUAAGGAACUACAGAAUUACUUGGAACCAAUUGCUCAAAGAAGUGAAGUAGUGGAAAUCAAAGAUAUUUUGGCCCGUUUUACAACAGAUGUUAUUGGAUCUUGUGCUUUUGGUGUUGAGUGUAACAGUUUAAAGGAUCCUGAUGCUGAGUUUAGAAGAAUUGGAAAGAGAGUGUUUGAGUAUACUAAAUUCGAGUUAUUGCAAAUAUUUUUUGUAACAAUAUUUCCAAACUUAGGUCGGAUUUUAAGACUGAAAAUAAAUAAAGUAGAUGUAUCUGAAUUUUUCAUGCGAAUUCUAAAGGAAACUACUGAAUACCGAGAGAAAAAUAACAUAAAGCGAAAUGACUUCCUGUUGUUGUUGAUGCAAAUUAUGAAGACUGGAAAGCUUGAGGGAGAUGAUACAGAGUUGGGUAAAUUGACAUUCAACGAAUUAGCUGCACAGACUUUUAUCUUUUUUGGUGCGGGUUACGAAACUUCUUCAACCACCAUGACUUUCCUCUUAUAUGAAUUGGCUCAACAUCAAGACAUUCAGGAUCGCGCAAGAGAAGAAGUUAACAAAGUUUUAGCGAAAUACAAUGGAGAAUUUACCUACGAUGCUUGUAUGGAGAUGAAAUAUAUUGAUCAGAUCUUAAACGAAACUAUGAGAAAAUACCCUAUUAUGGAACCUUUGAGUAGAGUUUGUGUAAAAGACUACACUGUUCCGGGAACUAAACAUGUUAUCGAGAAAGGAACUGCGAUUGCAAUACCCGUUCAUGGCAUUCACUAUGAUCCAGAUAUUUAUCCAGAUCCUCACAAAUUUGAUCCAGAUAGAUUCACGGAAGAAAACAUAAAGAAACGUCAUCCAUGUGCUUGGCUCCCAUUCGGAGAAGGUCCAAGAAUUUGUCUCGGAUUGAGAUUUGGCAUGAUGCAAAUGCGAGUUGGUCUGGCGCAUAUCCUUUCAAAAUAUCGUGUUAAAACAUCAUCAAAAACUCAAAUACCUUAUAUCGCAGAUCCACAUACAAAUAUAUUGACACCCAAAGGUGGAAUGUGGUUGAAACUGGAAAACCUCUAGUUUGUGGAUAUAUGUAUAAGAGACUAAUCUAAGCUCAUUCAUAAUAACUGUGGAUUUAAAAUACAUAAAUAAUGGCUAUUCACUGUUUACAAAAAAUGAUUUUUUUCUGUAAUAUCAAAUUUUUUCCACUCAUAAAUUGCGACUUAAAGUAAAUUUUUAUACAUGUGUAUAUAAAAAUUACAUCGUUCACUGUAUAAACUGUGUCCAAAUUAUUUUG